AUGGAACUUCUAGUUAAGAAACAUGUCAAGUUCAUGGAGCGCCACAUAGGUCUCCUACCGUCUUCACAGGAGAAGAACGAUGCCAAUAGGCUUUCAAUUGUCUACUAUUCGCUCGCAGGCAUAUGCAGUCUGGACGCAGACGCCCUCUCCGGCCACCGAGAAAAGGCCGCUGGGUCCAUCGUACAACUGUACAGGCAGUUCAAGUUAUCAGAUGGCACUGUGGCCGGUGGUUUCCUAGGUAGCAGGACUAUGGAGGUUUCCGGUCAUCUCACAAUGAGCUCGGCCAACACCCUAUUUGCAACGCUGAGUCUACUGUGCUUGGGCAAACACGAGUUGCUUCGAGACGACGAACGUCGUGCCGCGAUCUGCGAGUUGGUCUCGCACUGCCAGCUCCCCGAUGGAUCUUUUGUUUCAACGCUUGAUAUGUGCGGCGGUGGGGAGCCGUCGGUCGUGGACUCGCACGAUCUGAGGUUCUGCUACAUUGCAGUCGCGCUCCUGCACCUGUACGGGUGCCGCACACCGGACGAAUACGCACGCUACGUCGAUGUUGGGCGGCUGGUGGAUUACGUGCUUUCACAGCGGUGCGUCGGCGGCGCGUUCGGGACAUUCGGCGAAGCUCACGCGGGCUAUACCUCCUGCGCGCUGUCUCUCCUGUCUAUUCUGGGAAAGCUGGACUCUCUAGAUGAGGAAUUCAGGGACCGCACUAUAUCCUGGCUGGUGCAGAGGCAAGUCUCGGCCAUUGGCGCGGUGCCACUGCCCAACGGAAAUGAGCAUUUCUAUGCCGAGGAUCAUGGGGGCUUCCAAGGCCGUGAGAACAAGGCUGCAGAUACGUGCUAUGCAUUCUGGUGUAUGAAUUCGCUCGAGAUCUUGGGAGCCUCCGCGUUGGUGGACACCAGCCUCAUAGACAGUUACCUCCUGCAGCAGACUCAGAACUCACUGGUCGGCGGCUUCGCCAAGACCGAUGAGGACGACCCAGACAUUUACCACACAUUCCUGGGCAUUGCGGCGCUGGGCCUAAUUGCCGGUAGCUUCGACGGGGUCCUCUGUGUGCCAAAAACCGUGUCUGUGCGGUAG